AGGAAGCAGUUCUCUUUGUAAAUAGAGUAGAAGCAAAGCAGACAUCUCUCUUUAUCUACAAUAAUAUAAGACAUUACAAAGAGAAUUUCAGAAUGAGAAAAUCUCACAACAAUAUCUCAUCAACUCAUGAAGCAUCCAAGUAUAAUAACACAACAUUCUUCUACACUCUCCUACCAACUUUCCUUUUCUAGUUCUUACAAACUUCAUUACAAGUAACUUAAGUUGUGUUGUGCCUUCAAACAUAACCACAAAUAGUACUCAAAAGUUGUUCUGGUUUAUGUAGCAGGAAUCACAAUGUCAUCAACAUCAAUGCCAAUGUAUCAACAACCUCCACCAUUUAUAGUGACACCACAAUCUUACAAUGGUUCAUCACAACAUCAUGACUCCAUUGGUCCUGUCAUUGGAGUUCUUGUAGUGAUAAUUGUGUUGGGAAUAAUUGCAGUGAUGAUUGGAAGGCUUUGUUCAGGAAGAAAAAUCAUGGGUCAUGGACAAUAUGAUUUAGAAAGCUGGGCAGAGACAAAAUGUUCUACUUGUAUUGAUGGAAGAAUUAACCUUUCAAUGCCUAUGAGGGUUAGUGAAUCCAACACCUCACUUCCUGCAACACCUAUCAAUACUAGUACUCGUCAAGAAACUACACAACCAGAACAAUCUUCUUCUCAGAAUUCACCACCUAACACUUGAUUUAGUUUCUUUAUGUGACUUGUGUCUCAUAUGUCGGUGUCCGACAUUGAUAUAAUACCGACUCAUGUAGUGACAUUCAAUAAUUUCAUUUUCUCUAUUUAUCAUUGGUGUCAAUGUGUUAGGUUCGGUGUUUGUGUCUGUGUCGAUGAUUCAUAGUUAGUAGUAACAAACUCCUCAUUUCAAUAUUUUGCUAAUCUCUUAUUUGUUUCAAUUUACUUUUUAUUUAA